GUUGCUUUGAAACCUACUUUGGUCGUAAGAAACAAUCAAAACACUUUUCACGUAUAAUAUAUGCAAUUAAUUCUUCUUUAAAUUAAAUGUUUCAAACAUAUUGAUAUUAGUGUAUCACUAAUUAAUUUAUUAAUUGAUGUACUAAGUUUUACAUUCUAAUUAUGGAUUUACUUCUGAUGAUCAACUUCGACACUUUUCUAUGGUAUUUCUUUGGUUCCCAGCAGUUCCCAGUUUCCAUAUAAGAAAAUGGCAGCCGUAAGUGUUGGAUGUGGAGAUUUUUUAGAGUUUCAGGAUGCAUUACAAAAAAUGCGACAAAUUGAUGACAAAAUUAUUUAUAUGCUAAAUGCUACAAUUCCAACAGAAUCUUUUAAAAGCCAAGUUGAUCCUACGGCACAAUGUAAAGAUUUAUUUGAACAAAUUCAGUCAGGUCAUAAACAAAGAGAAUUGGCCAUUACAAAAUGUGUAAAUGCAUCAAAAGAAAAAGUUAAGCAAUUGAAGGCUCAAAGAGAUAGUGGGAAUGAUAAUCUACAGCUUCUUAAAGCAUUACGGAAAGAACAAAGUACUCUGCGUUUAUUACAGUCAGAAUUAAAUGUAGAAGAAAUUGUUAAAAAACGAACAAUUAAUGUAUAUCACGAAAAAUGUCGUAGUUUUUAUAAACCAAUAAAUGUAACAGCAUAGUGUUGUAAAUAAUUUUAUGAAUAGUUAAAACCAUCAAUUUUUUAUACAA